UGCGGCGUCCCGUCCGGGCGGGCACGGAGGCUGCCGUGCCGCUCCGAGAAGUAUCACCUGGGAGAUUGAACAGUGCACAAGGGAGAAGUGAAAUGCUCACAGUGAACAGUAAUUGGGAAGUACAGCAAAGGAUGAUUUGAUAGUUAUGAAUGAGAUUUCUUCAUGAGAUGCAGGGAAAGUUGCCCAGAAUAUCUCCUCCUACCUCCAGCAACUUCCCGUACUUUAAUACUUUGGAUACUGCGCUGUCAUCUUGCUCAAGCUGUUUGGAAGCUGCAUGAUUGCCACCUAACCAAAAAGACUGUUGCACUUGCCAGAAAGGAAAUCUCUGCAUAUUUUGCCCUCACCAGAUCCUUUUGCGGGGAAUGGUUGGCAUCCUGGAUACUGUUUCUUCAAACUGUAAAUCAGUUUAAAAGCAGAAUUUCAUUUUGCUGCUGCUGCCUUUCCAGCUGUUUGGAAUGUAGUUGCAAUAUGUGUGUCUGAUCUGCAGGGAUAUCCGUAGGAAGCAUGUGUUACUGGUUGAACUUAAUUGGACUUUCAGAGAAUUUCUCCUUCAUUGCAGACCAAUGGAAAGAACAUUCCUUUGCCACUCUGAAUUAGCAUUAGAUGAGAAUGGAGGAGUCCAGAACAUACCUGUAGAGCUGCAGCUUCUCUUUCUCUGAGCUCUGCCAAAGGAGCCAAGAGUGAGCAAUGGUUUACACUUGGACUGGAGCGUGUGACAAAAUACUGCUUCGAGGCUGCUGAUGCCACCAAAAGGGCCACACGCUAUGAGCUGUUAUGUAGCAGUUGCAUGUGAAGAGAAGACAGAGUACAAGUCGUUGUCAGAAGAUCCUGUCCUAAGCUGGGCCUGAAAGUUCAUCCAGCUGGCUGAUACAUAAACAAAAUCCAGAAGUGGAAAAGGCAAGUCCCUCUGCCACAAUGAGCUCUGAACAUGAAGAAAUUGAUGUUGCAAAAACUGUUGUCAAUGGGCUGACCAGCAAUGGACAAGAAAAAGAAAUGGAUCCCACAAAAGUCUGCAGUGGAAAAGGAGCCGUAACUCUCCGGGCAACUCCAUCCUAUGAAGGGAAUCAGAAUGUCGCUUCACCAUGUCCUCAGGAUGCUGAGCAACCUGAAAGUCUGGAGCCAGAAAACUCAGAAACAGAUGAUUGGAGGUCGUCGUCUAACACUGAUGCCAAUGGGGAUGCCCAGCCAUCUUCUCUGGCUGCCAAGGGCUAUAGGAGUGUGCGUCCAAACCUCUCUUCAGAGAGCAAGCCACAGGCUCCUCCCCGUCCUCCUCUUCCCAAAGAGGAAAGCUUUGCAUGGCGUCCUCGCACUGACACUAAAGUGACCAACCUGUUGCCAGUGCCCAUCAUGGACUGUGUGUACCUGAAUGCACCCAAGCCUUACUCACAGCGUGCAUCACCAAACACCAGUGCACGCUGUUAUUUGUCAUCACCCACCCCCUACGGGGCUGUCCCCAGUGGGAAGCAAGGCUUGCCAGCAGGGCAUUCUCCCUCUUCAGGCCCCAAAGAUGAGGUGCAUGCUGGGCAGCCACUCUUGGAAAGUCACUCCUCAUCAGGUGCAUCAUCCAUACAACUCAACCCUGUCAGGGCAGAUCCCAGUAGUAAGGCUGGAAUGAAUUCCAGUCAUGAGACGAAGGCGGAUAAAAAGGUCAGCAAACUAUAUGUAGCUUGUUUAUCUAACAGCACUUGCUCAGGCACAGCUCAAAAUUCCACUGGCACCACACAUGACCCAGCAGCCAGCACCAGUUUGGGCGCUGAGCUCACUCAGGCACCAGCCACCAACAUUGUUCCCUCUGUAACAGACACUGAAAAGUCUCUUCCUGCUGCUCCUCCUCCUCCUAUUCCUCCCAGGCCGUACUUUUACAUUGUCCUCAGCAAAGACGCAGUUAGUUAUGGUGCAGGCCAGCCCUCCCGGACUCAGCCGUCACCUCCGCAAGCUGUGAGGGACAGAGUGCUAGAGCCCCAGAGCACAGCUGCCACAGAGGACAGGAUGAGAAAAGAGCCUUACCUUACUCAGCAGCGACAGCCACCAUACAAGGCAAUGGGACGCAGCAUGGAUGCCACUGCCACCACCUCAGCUCAGCCUGGAGUUAUAGUAGUCCCCCUCCUUCAGGUUAAUCCAGACAGACAACAAGAAGGCAGUUCCAGCACUCCACCACCGCCUCUGGUUCCUUUCGGGCAAGGCUCCAUACUCCCUGAGAUUGUUCCUCCUGGCUCACCCUUGACUUUUCCAACUCUAGACGAUUUCAUUCCCCCACAUCUCCAGAGGGGCUCCCACCAUAACCAAGCACCCUCCACAUCUGGCACAUUACCCUCUGUUUACCCGAAACUGCCAUUCUUCUCAUCACCACCUUCACUUGUCCCUCCAGUCACGGGGGCUUUGCACAGGGGCUUGAAGCCUGAAAUCACUGGAGUCAUCUCACAUACAGACCCAGGUCCUGUGCUAAAUGAAGUGCCUCAGCCUGGCACUGACUAUCCAACCUCCAUCACUUCCAUCAGCAAGUCUGCCUCUGCCUAUCCUUCUACCACAAUCGUCAAUCCCACCAUUGUCCUGUUGCAGCACAAUCGAGAACAGCAAAAAAGGCUUAGUAGCCUGGCAGAUUCAGUGCCAGACAGAUUAGUUUCUGACAGAGUUGAUUCAGCACUUCUGCGGGACAAGCCGGCUCAGGAGGCUGUGCCAAGUGAGAAGAGGGCAGUGGAGGAGAAGAGAAGCACUGUGAGGAGCCCUCCCUACAUGGCUGAUACCUCUGUCGAUGACAUUGGAAUUCCACUGAGGAAUACAGACAGAUCGAAGGACUGGUACAAGACGAUGUUCAAACAGAUCCACAAGCUAAAUAGAGACAAUCCUGAAGAAAACCCUUAUUGCCCUACCUACACAUUUCCUGAACUUCCUGAAAUCCAGCAAAAAACUGAAGAAGACAAUCCUUAUUCUCCUACAUACCAGUUUCCUGCGUCUACUCCUAGUCCUAUCUCUGAAGAUGAAGAUUCUGAUUCAUUCUCUCCUCGUUAUUCCUAUUCCGAGGACAGCAGAACCCAAGUUCCCCGCUCCAAGAGUGAGAUGGACAAUAUAGAUUCUGAGAAGGUUGUGAAGAGGUCUGCCACUCUGCCACUGCCAAACCGUGCUUCAUCACUGAAGUCAAGCCCAGAAAGGACUGACUGGGAGCCUCCAGACAAGAAGGUGGACACCAGAAAAUACCGUGCAGAACCCAGGAGCAUUUAUGACUAUCAGCCAGGGAAGUCCUCUGUUCUGAACAACGAAAAGAUGAGUGAUCUAGAAAAAGACCUCUACCUCUACCAGACUGAGUUAGAGGCAGAUUUAGAAAAAAUGGAGAAGCUUUAUAAAGCACCACAUAAAAAGCCACAGAAGAAUACAGCAGGUGUUACUCCUCUGGAAACUUCCACAGACCAUUCUUCCUACUCCACUUAUUCACCUAACUACCAUGCAGUGAAGAGGGAGUCAGAGCUAGCUGUGGGGGACCCUGCUGCCUUGGAGAAUGAAAGGCAGAUUUACAAGAGUGUGCUGGAAGGUGGAGAUAUCCCAUUCCAGGGGCUGAGUGGUCUCAAGCGACCUUCGAGUUCUGCUUCCACAAAAGUGGAUCGUAAAGGUGGGAAUGCUCAUAUGACCGCACCCUCUUCAGUUAAUAGCCGAACCUUUAAUGCUAGUCAUACCGGUAUGUUAGGUCACGCAUGUAAGCAUAAGAAGCCUUUAUCAGCUGCCAAAGCCUGCAUUACUGAAAUCCUCCCUUCUAAAUUCAAACCCAAACUAGCAGCUCCAGCUAUUCUUGUGCAGGACAAGACGGGUAUCUUGCUGUCUCAUGAGAAAGCUCAAAGCUGCGAAAACCUUCGUAGCUCUACUGCCUUGUUUGAUAAUAAAAAGGCUUUCAUGGUAGACAUAGGGGAAAGCAUAGAAAACAUCUUGAUGAAGUCGAAGCAAGAGUAUGCCAUUAAAUCUGGCAGUACCAUGAGCCUGCAGGAGUAUGGCACCGACUCUAGGAAAGGCUACCUGUUCGCUGCCUCCAGAAAGAGUGGGGUGGAGUUUACAACACUCUAUAAAGAUAUGCACCAGAUCAACCGGUCCAGGAUCCAUUUGGACACAGUUUCCUCCUGCAGCGUGAAGGAUAUUGCAUCUCAGUUUGAGAAUGAAGCGAAGGACAGGAUGGAGCACAGCCUUAGUCGAGAGGAUUCAGAGCAGAUCCCCAAAGACACCGUUUCCUCCCGUAUCAGUGCCUUUGAGCAGCUGAUCCAGAGAUCCCGAUCAAUGCCCUCACUUGACUUUUCCAUCGCACAAAACAAACCCACCACUUCUCUUCAGUCUAAAACUUGUCUGAGUGCUGCAUACUCUGCAGAAAUUCUUCUGGAUUUGUCAAAAGCACACCAAGAAGAAAAGGAUGUUCCCAGCUUUGCAGAUAAAUCGUCCCGCUCCUGCAGCAAUGUGGAAGACACAGCUUCGGAUGUCAGUGACAUCAUCCCUAUGGACACACUUUCAGCUUGCACUGAUGAGAUAGAUCUUCUCUCAAAUGCCUCCAAUGACAGUGGCAGCAGCAGCGGCAACCUGAAUGGGCCUCAGAAGCAUAAAACCAACAGAUGCAAAGGCUCAUGCCCAGCUUCCUACACCAGGUUCACUACCAUCCGAAGGCAUGAACAGCAGCAGGCCUCCAGGCACCCUGAUUCCAAAGGAGAUGUCUAUGGGGACAGGCACAUGCUCCCCAGAAAUGUCUACCUAAUGAGCCCGCUCCCAUUCCGAUUGAAAAAGCCCUUCCAACACAAAUCCUGCAGAACUCCGCCCCCAGACUGCCUGGCAAGCCUGGCAGUGCCCAGCCCUGAGAAUCCAGACGACCCCAUACAGCUGCAGGGGAGUGUAGGGAACAAGAGUCACCACUCCCUGCACCAACCUUGCUCCAGAAGCGGUCCUCUUGCUCCCCGGCGCCUGUCCUCCUUUGACAUUGUGGAGAGGCUUGGCUACUUCCCCACCAUGGGAUCUAGCCGGGAUAGCUUCAUGGGCCGGGCUGACAUUCCUGACUCCUUAAACAAUGGGAACCCUGUUUCAUAUGCCCUCUACCACAGCCUGGACACAAACAACAACCCGCAAAGUGAACUUGGGACGUACCUAGGAGAUUCAGAAUCACCAAGGCAUUUUGCACCAGUUGAUUACAUGGAAACUCCAGAAGAAAUCCUCCGCAGGCGGUAUGAUGAUAAAGAGAAACUUUUAGAGGACCAGAGACGGCUUAAACGUGAGCAAGAAGAAGCUGAUAUUGCCGCUAGAAGGCACACAGGGGUUAUUCCAACGCACCAUCAGUUUAUCACUAAUGAACGAUUUGGGGACCUCCUAAAUGUAGACGAUACUGCAAAGAGGAAAUCUGGGUCAGAGAUGAGACCUGCUAGAGCCAAGUUUGACUUUAAAGCACAGACACUAAAGGAACUUCCUCUGCAAAAAGGAGAUAUUGUUUACAUUUACAAGCAGAUUGACCAGAACUGGCUCGAAGGUGAACACCAUGGCAGAGUUGGCAUCUUCCCACGAUCAUAUAUAGAGUUCCUUCCACCGGCUGAGAAGGCUCAACCCAAAAAGCCAUUACCAUUGCAAGUAUUGGAAUAUGGAGAUGCUAUUGCUAAGUUCAACUUCAAUGGGGAUACCCAAGUGGAAAUGUCCUUCAGAAAGGGUGAAAGGAUCACGUUGAUUCGACGAGUGGAUGAGAACUGGUAUGAAGGAAGAAUCUCUGGCACCAGUCGCCAAGGCAUCUUCCCUGUCACGUACGUGGAGGUGCUCAAACGGCCAGUGGUCAAGAACGCCAUUGACUAUCCUGACCCACCCGUGUCCCUCUCCCCCAGCCGCAGCAUGACAGCCUCACCACAGCCUUCCCACCAUUCAUUGAGAGCUGGACCAGAUCUCACAGAGUCUGAAAAGAGCUAUGUGCAACCUCAAGCACAGCAGCAAGGAGCCAGCCCUGAGCGAAGUCAAACACCACGAGACAUAGUUAGCUACCAAGCCCUCUACAGCUACACUCCUCAGAAUGAUGAUGAGCUGGAACUGAGGGACGGUGACAUUGUUGAUGUCAUGGAGAAAUGUGAUGAUGGCUGGUUUGUGGGUACAUCCAGGAGAACAAGGCAAUUUGGCACCUUCCCAGGCAACUACGUGAAGCUUCUGUACCUGUAAAGUAACAGUGAUCCCACCAUGACAAGGAUGGUGGGAAUCCUUUCCAGAUGGUGUUUUUAAACAGUGAAGAAACAGACAAUUUAUGAAUGUAAUAGACAAGAGAUGAGAAGUGUUAGGAGGAUGUGGUUAUGUGGUACACUAUUGAGUUGAAUGUGUAGCCCUGCUUCCAUGGAGUCAGGGUGUGAUUUGUUUGCUGAAGAAGAGACAGUUUCUAGUUUACAGUGCUGCCUUUGUGUAUUCCUCUCCCUUCCCCAGUAAGAGUUUUGAUGAUAAUCUUAAUUUGUAUGGAGUACUUACCUCUGAGAAGGCUUCAGGGAAGCACACGGUAUAGGUUUUGUUUGUGUGUUGAGAUAGGGUAGUGCUUUGGGGCAGUACUCAGCCCUGCAGCUGCUCACGUUGGUUGGCACAGGAGUUCAGGAGCAGGAGUUCAAGAAACAGGCUUGCUGCCCAGUUUCUGCCUUGCUGAAGACUCACUUUUCUCUGCCUUCCAUCUCUAUAGAAAACCUUUCCUUCAUGUCAUGCAUCUUAAGACCCAGCAGAGGCAGAGGACAGCUGAUACAAUUGAAUUGCAGAGCUCUGUGUGGAAAAGGAGUUUGGGAUUGGUGGUUUAAUCCAGAGAGGUCAGCCAAAGCAUAAUGCAAAUGUGCAAAAAUCCCAAACCCUUCAAUAACAUAUUACUGAUCUCUGCAGGGUUUUUUCUUUUGUGCAGGGGGUGUGUGUGUGAAUGUAUUGUGUGCAAAAUUAGCUGAGUCCUGUUUUUUAAAGAGAAAUCAGCCUAGCUUUGACAUUUAUCUGCACAAAGAAUAGAACCAAUAAACAGAACAUCCGUGAGGGCAAAUCCUGUUUAUGAGUCCUACAGCUGUUCACUUUCUCUGCUCCUCUGCCCUGUCGCUGGCCCUAAAGGAUCACACACCUUUUCCAGUGUAUGCUUUGGGAUGAAAUGCUGGGAGUCCUUUCCCAGCCUUAAAUCUUAGAGGCCCUGAUAAAUCUGAACAAUGUAUCACUGAGGGUGCCUUUUUUUUUCAUAUUGGUCACAGUGUUGAUGGUAGGUCAAAUAAAUACAUGCAUUUUGGCUGCCUCUUAGUCAUACAAAAAAGUCUAAUCAAUUUGGAAAGCUGUUCCCAGCAGUUAUUACCAGUUACAUAGAUUUGUAUUUCCGUGAGGGGAAAAAAAAAAACCAGAACCCAUAGCUUGGCUGUGUGUUUGCCUGUAAAUCCACUAUGAGUACUCUUUUGAUAGACUUUUUGUUAUUAAGGAAAAGCAUAAACAAAACCAGUUCUAUCUGACUCUGCUUCCUACAAUUGCCGUACAAAUAGCAAAGGGUAGAUUGCUAUUUUGUCAUAAGCCGUAUUUAAUAAUAUAAAAUGCCUAUUUUUAUGCUGAUGCUUUUAUACAGAUUUAUUAAGAGUAAACUACAACUAACUGUUAGCACGACUUGCAAUGUUUUGAUAAACUAGCCAUGCUCCUGGGUUUGAAAUCAAGUAGGCUUGUCUUCCGUCUCAGUCAGCGGAAGAGAAGAUUCUGUGUCUCAGAAGUUUGACUGUAAAUAUGUAUAUUUAACUUUGUACAGACAAUGUACUUACCUUGUAUAGAGAAAUAAUUUAAACACAUUGAGUGAAGGGAGGGGAAAAAGGCAGUUGUGAAAGGUUGGGAUUUUUUUCCACUUUAAUUUAAGUGAUGGAAUUCCAUGUAUGUUCACAUAAAGAGUUUUAGCACAAAAUAUUCAUUAUGAAAGGUUUCAGAUAUAAUACAAAGCACCACUGUUUAUUUUCUGCAGGAGGUAUCUUGAAUCCUGCAUCUUAUUUAUGGGUUAGUUGUUCUGCUUUGGGUUUGCCCUCCAGUUAUUUGCAACAAUGUUUAGGCCUGUUGGUAAGAUUGGAUAACACCAAAUAAAUCUAUCCAGCAAAGUAACAUGUUGAUAUUGAUUGUAUAUAACAUACUCAUUUAAAAGUUAAUUUUCUGUUCCUGCUCUUGCCAGUUUAAGUUAAACACAAACACACACACACACACGCAACACACAUAUCCACACAAACUGCAACUUCUUUUUGUGUUGAUUUUUUGUUUCUUAUUGCAGUGGAUUACUAUUUGGCAAUUAAUAAAUGGAAUUAUUGAAUUA